AAUUCCUUUAAAUUUGGCCAAAGCGCCUACCCUUCUCAGCUCUAUACCAUCCAAUUCUCCUGAAAGCGAACCCCGAUUUCUGCGUAUCACUCUCCUACGGAUUCUCCUCCCCAGUCUCCACGUUUCCGCCGAAUUCCCCUCCCAUAGAUCUUCCUUCGCUUCAUUUUGAACUCGCUCUUUAUCUGCUCUCUCACUGCAGGUUGUUCCGAAUCUACUGGAGAAAAGCAUGGCUAGUUCUGGAGGGGAACUUGAAAUAAGUUUUGGCUAUCAAUGCAAUAGUAAUAGAGCUUCCUCUUCUAAUUUAAUCGAUAGCUAUAAAAUCCUGCCUUCACUACGUAAAACAAGCAGCUUCUCUUGCUUAUCUGGUGCAGCCUUAAGUGCCAAUGCUACAUUAGCCAACACUAGCAUAUGCGAUGGUGUCAUAGGAGGAGAAAUUCUUCCAAGCUGGGACUCUCCUAAUAUGUUUCGUAAGGUAGCCUCUUCUUCAAACCUUUCAAGGUUGGACAUGUUGUCAUCCUCUCUCCAAAGCACUUUGUCAAAUUUAAGUUGCAGUCCGUCCACCUCGAGCAAUAUGCUUGAACAUGACUCUUGCACAGUAAAAUCCACGAUUGCUCCUUCCAGAAGUGAAGGUUUUCUUAAUGCUAUGGAAGUACAAGUAGCAGGAGGAGCUGCUGGUGAAGACAGAGUUCAAGCAGUUUGUUCCGAAGAGAAUGGGUGGCUUUUUUGUGCUAUUUAUGAUGGCUUUAAUGGGAGAGAUGCAGCUGACUUUCUGGCCGGUACCCUGUUUGAUACCAUUUCAUCUUAUUUUAGCAAGUUAUAUUCAGAAUUGGAGACAGAUUCUAUCAGUACUUCUAACAACAUGGGUUUGGAUGGAUCAGUCCAACAUAAGUUGGAUGAUAGCCUUCAUAAUUGUGACGAAAAAUCAUUUUCAGAUGGGGUACUUGAUUGCCUACAGCGUGCUCUUAGGCAGGUUGAGAAUGAUUUCCUACACAUGGUUGACCAAGAAAUGGAGGAUCGCCCAGACUUGGUUUCGAUUGGAUCUUGUGUUUUACUUGUGCUUCUUCAUGGGAAUGAAUUGUAUACACUUAAUCUUGGUGACAGCAGAGCAGUGUUGGCAACAAGCGAUUGUGAAUCAAAUGGGGAUGGAAAACUCAAAGCUAUCCAGCUUACAGAUAGUCACACUGUUGAAAAUGAAGCCGAAAGAGCUCAGCUUCUGGCUGAUCAUCCUGAUGAUCCUAUGACCAUUGUAUCAGGAAGAGUGAAAGGGAAACUGAAGGUUACCCGCGCAAUUGGAGUUGGCUACUUGAAAAAGAAAAGUCUGAAUGAUGCAUUGAUGGGGAUCCUUCGGGUUCGUAAUCUUGUAAGCCCUCCAUAUAUUUCUGCUGAACCAUCGUUAGGUGUGCAUAAGAUCUCAAGUUCUGAUCAUUUCGUCAUAGUGGGGAGUGAUGGUUUAUUUGAUUUCUUCAACAAUGACGAAGCAGUGGAGCUUGUAGAGUCUUAUAUCCAGAGCAACCCUUCUGGUGAUCCAGCAAAGUUUCUUGUCGAGCAGCUUCUAUCAAAAGCAGCUGAUUGUGCAGGUUUCAGCAUGGAAGAGUUGAUGAAUGUUCCGGCGGGAAGGAGGAGGAAGUACCAUGACGAUGUAACCGUAAUUGUGAUCAUCCUUGGCACUAAUCAGCGGACUUUAAAGGCAUCAACUUGUAUAUGAGUUUCUCUAUUAUUUAAGUGUGAAAUGAAUGUACUUGAUGAAGCAUGCCCCAGGUUUGAUGUGUAUAAAAUAGAGACGUCUUAGUCAGCAUUACCCAACACUAAAUAUUUAACGGAAAAAAAAAAAAGCAUGCUUUGAUAAA